AUGGAAGAAGAUGCUCUUCGCCAACGCCUCACAGAGGCUAAUACCCAUCUAAGUCAGAUGAGAGAUGAGGAAAAGCGUGUGCUACGUCAGCGACAGCAAGAGCUGAACAACCUGAAGGCAGAGAAUGACAAGCUGCGGGAUCGGUUGGAGGAGCUUCGGAUGCUGGAAUGCAGAUCCUACACGGAGCAAAACACCUUGGAUUCGGGUGGGGCGCAGCUGUCCUCGACGAGGUACCGCACCGCGCGGGACCUUGUUCAGCGAAAGCAAAACGAAUGUGGGAUGGCGGAAUCAAAGCUUGGGCUUACCGAGCGCCACUGGCGGGAGCUCCGCCGUCGACGCGAGCAGCUCCGACGCGAGGCUCUCAACCGCGCCGCCGCCGUGAAGACGGCUGAGCGGCACUCUCGCGAAGAAACCACGCAGACCCGCCAUCGCCUCCGCACACUCGAGCAGUACAUCGAGGCCGAGCUGGAGCGUCUGAGCGGGAUGGCGGGAAGGGCGAAGACUCUCUGGGCGAGCAUCGACGCUCUUCUCAUUGCCGAAGCCAACUUCGAGAAACCCUACCGUUUGUACGAGAAAAACUUGCUCGAUAAGAGAAAGGAGAUGUCGUUUGUUGUCGAAAUUUGUAAUCUUGUGAAUGAAGAACGGCUGACAAAAUUGCACGAGCUUGAGCAGCUAAAGGCAACAGUAGAUGCAGGGAGCGCGAUGUAUAAGCGGGUGAUGGACGAGCUCAACGAAUCCCUCAAGGUGAGCGAAUCACAGAAAAAGGACCACAUGGACAAGGUUUUACAGCUUCAACAAUCGCUGAGGGAGGUUCGGCGUGAUCGAUCUCGCAUUGAGCAAAGCGUCGAGACGUUUAGAGGUCAAAUCUUCCGCAUCGAAGAAACACAGUCAACAACAAGCGUUGUGCAAUCCACACUCACAGGGAAAGAGUCCGAGAGGUUAUUGGAGGUCGGGGCGACAGCAGUGAAUGACACUUCUGAAGAGGGUUUACCGAAUUUUAAUGACUAUGAGGGGAUCUACGAGCAUUUAACGCAAAUUGUCGGUUCCGACAAUAUUGAAGAUGUGAUAGGUUUCCUACACAACUGUAAUGAAAUGCGCUUUCAGCUCUUUUCUGAGCUGAAUUAUCUAAACGAGCAAAUCCGCGAGAUCGAUCAGAAACGGCGGAAGCUGACGGUAGUCGCGCCAACGGAAAGCGCACCACCAGAUCCCGCGCGUGUGAAACGGGUAGAACUGCAGGACCGGCUAAACGCACUGAAACUCGAAACAAAGACUCUACAAGAACGCUCCGACGACUACGACGGGUUGGUAAACAAUCUUGUGGGGUGGGUCCAAUUCCUAUUUUACGCUCUAGGCUGCCGCUUGGCGACGUUGCGAGAACGGGCUGGAGUAGAAAAAGUGUCAGUGGGAACAGUCUGCGAGGCCCUCGCGCUGAUCGACCAACGCCUGGAAGAGUACCUUGUGGUUUUCGCGCAAAAAGAACAUCAAACGCAUAAACAUCAGCAAAAUGGGUCACAGUCAUCUUUCUCUCUCCACAAUGCUGAGUUAACUCGUCCACAAAGAAGUGGCUCUGCGCUAACUAUUUUGCAUCGCACGGACCUCCCAAAAAAAGAGUACAAUGUGGUGCGCAAUAUCGUCGAAGGGAAGGCACUACCGCGAUCUAACAUACCAUCUAAACUAGAAUAUGAGGAAAAUACGCAUGAAAGUAAGGAAAAUCAAAUACUUCGUUAACCUAAAGGAUUUCUCUUAUUAUUACUAUAAAUAGUGACCGAAACUUUAAAAAUUAGAAAAGUCAAUGAAACUGAAAGACAAACAUGUAAGCUAUCGAAGGAACAGUGCUAGGGACCAAGUUUCCUAAUAGGUGUAGAUGGUUAUUUAUUUCAAAAGAAGAAAAA